AUGUUCUCCCAGUUUCAAUUUCUUCCAAAACUCAAAAAAGACUCUAUUCAGUACCCCCUUCUUGAUUUGACAAAAUUUGCCUCUACACAACAACAAAAGUAUCUUUAUGUUGCAGUUUUUGUCACAGAAGAAGGCCAAGAGGAAUUCGUAACAUGGUUCCGGGACCUUCUGCCGUUGUACGGCGAGGGCCGCGUAACUCUCGCCGGUGACGUUCUGACGCUAGCAUUUACAGAUGAGGACGAGGACAAGGUUUGCAGCACCCUCUCCGGAAACCCCCCGUUAGUAAUCGACGCCACCUGGAGCGGCAACGAGAAGGCGAAGUCAGUGGCCGAGAAGCUUGACGUGCCCUACGUAAGAGUUGACCUUUCGAUCAGUCCGAUACUGGACGUUUUGGAUAAGUUGCUCACCAUGAGAAACUCGUCCGAUCUCGUCGCGAUCUUUGACGAUCCGAAUAACGUCGACCAAGCGCUGUAUUAUUGGAUCGACUCAACGCGAUUGCGCAUGGUGGUCACGCACCAGCUGGACAAGGUCACGGCGGAGAGGUUGAAGAAGAUGCGACCGAUGCCGAACAGCUUCGCGAUCAUCGCGCACACGGCGAACGUUACCGAACUGUUUCGCUCGGCUUACAGCGAGAGGCUGGUGAGAUUCCCCGAGCGUUGGAAUUUGGCGUUUCUAGAUUUCCCCUCCGAAUGUUUGGAUCAGGAGCUAAAUUUGACAAACGUAAACUUGCUGCGGAUUGCCCCGGAGACGUGCUGCAAGCUGCGAAGGUUGGAGGAAUGCGUUUGCCCCCAAGACUUUCGGUUACAGCGCGACCUGCUUAACGCCAUCCUUUGGGAGAUCGAUCGAAAUUUAGAAGAUAUGGUUGCGCGCGGUGUGGAUCUGGGGGGAAACGUCUCGUGCUUUGAGCAGAAGUACAGCGAGACAAUCGCAACUGAUCUACUACAGAGCUUAACUGAGAACGGCAGGGGUAGUGGUACCUUCCGCUUGGUUAAAGGGGCGUUACGGUUGGAUGCGGUGGCAAGCGUCGAAGCCGACGGGGAGAUCAUCGCCAGGUAUCGAGGUGGUGAGUUGGUGGCCGAAGCAAAUUACGAUAUUCAGCCGGUGAAGCCGUUUUUUCGCAUCGGAACCAUAACGGCGGUGCCCUGGGCGUACGAAGAGACUGACCCGGUCACUGGUAAAAAGCGGUGGACCGGGUACUGCAUCGAGUUCGUCCAGAAGCUUUCCGAAAUGCUUCACUUCAAUUACGAAUUGGUGGUGCCCAAAAGCGGAACAUUUGGGCACAAAAAUGCGAAGGGCAAAUGGGACGGGAUCAUUGGCGAUAUUGUAUCAGGUGAAACGUACAUGUCCAUAGCUCCUUUGAUCAUGACAGCUGACCGAGAGGAGGUGGUCGAUUUUGUACCACCAUACUUUGAGCAGUCGGGAAUUUCCAUAGUGAUGAGGAAACCGGUCAUUAAAACGUCGCUAUUCAAGUUUAUGACUGUGCUCAAAGUGGAAGUAUGGCUUAGCAUUGUUGCCGCCCUAAUCGUGGCGGCCUGCAUGAUUUGGUUCUUAGACCGGUACUCCCCUUACAGCGCGAAGAACAACCCGGAUGCCUAUCCCUACACUUGCAGGAAGUUCACUUUGAAGGAAAGCUUCUGGUUCGCCUUGACUUCGUUCACCCCCCAAGGUGGAGGGGAGGCACCAAAGUCUUUGUCAGCGCGCACCCUGGUGGCAGCCUACUGGCUGUUCGUGGUCCUCAUGCUGGCGACAUUCACAGCCAACUUAGCUGCAUUUUUAACUGUGGAGCGUAUGCAAUCGCCCGUAGAGUCCUUAGAUCAACUCUCCCGACAAUCCCGUAUUAAUUACACAGUUGUCAGGGAGUCACUCACCCACGAAUACUUCAUCAACAUGAAGUUCGCCGAAGACACCCUUUACAGAAUGUGGAAAGAGCUCACCCUCAACGCCUCAACUGAGGACAAAAGGUACAGAGUGUGGGACUAUCCGAUUCACGAGCAGUACGGUCACAUCCUGCUGUCGAUCAACGAAUCGAACCCCGUGCCGAACGCGUCCGAAGGUUUCCGCAUCGUAAACGAACGGCUCGAAGGCGACUUCGCCUUCAUUCACGACUCGUCCGAGAUCAAGUACGAAAUUUCGAGGAACUGCAACUUCAGCGAGGUCGGCGAGGUCUUCGCCGAGAAACCGUACGCAAUCGCCAUUCAGCAGGGCAGCUACCUCCAGGAUCCCAUCAGCAUCGCAAUUUUAGAUCUGCAAAGGGAACGCUUCUUCGACUUUCUCCAGACGAAAUAUUGGAAUACGUCGAUCAGGGGCGACUGUUCGGAUUUCGACGAGAGCGAGGGGAUCACGCUAGAAAGUCUGGGCGGCGUCUUCAUCGCGACGCUGGUCGGGUUGGGUCUCGCCAUGUUGACUUUGGCGGGGGAGAUCUUCUACUACAAAAAGAAGAACGACGAUAUGAACGUACCGAAACCCGUUGAGCUACCCUCGAAGAAAACCAAGAAGAAGAAGAAGCAUUCGAAGAACAUUCACCCUUAUCCCAACACUAUCACAAUUGGAUCGGAAUUUAAACCACGACAGGAUGGGCGAAUGACACCACAAUUAUCUCACAUCUAUCAACCCCAUUUGAUGCACCGCCCCAACUAAUGCUUGAGAAAUGGAGGAACUCUUAAACUUAAGUUGUGCGCCGGUAGGAUAUUGCAAAUAUACGA